UUUCUCUUUCUCUCUCUUUCCUUCUGUUCAUAUUCAUACACACAGACGGCACACAGUCUAUCUCUCUCUCUCUCUCACAUCCGAGAUUCAUCUCCUACGCGACGCCUCGACCUCGACCUCAACUCGAAUCCUUCAGCUGUUUUGUUCCUCCUUUGUUUCGCCCUUCACCUCCCCAGAUAAUCAGAGCUCGUAAGAGACAAAUAUAAACGAAACAAGAGGCGCCAAAACAACCCAAGAAAUUAUUCCCGGACAUAUUCCGUGGCUCGCGUCACGAGCCCCCCCUCAACAAAGUCCCUGGUUCCGGAUCAUCCUAUGCUCUGCCUCCCCCUUCACGCGUUAUUAAAUCCCUCCUCGCACGCUUUAAAGAUCAGCCAUUGCUGUUCCACGGUCACCUCACCUGCUUCUCCAGUUGAGGAAGGAGGAGGAAGGAAAAAUGAUGGAAUGCCGGAGUUAUAUGGAAGCGUUAGAGGAAGAGAGGCGCAAGAUCCAGGUGUUUGAGCGCGAGCUCCCCCUCUGCUUGGAGCUAGUGAUCCAAGCGAUCGAGAGGUGCAAGCAGCAGCUGUCGGUGCAGGGGCAGUCGUCGGAGUGCAAUUCCGAGCAGACGUCCAUGGACGGUCCUGUGCUGGAGGAAUUCAUCCCUCUGAAGGGCUCGUAUUCUGGGGACGACGAUGGAGAUGAUGCUUGCGAGGAGGAUGAUGGCGACGGUGACGGCGACGGCAACGUCGACGUGCACCAUUCCUCCCGCGGCGAUAAGAGCGGAGAUGACGAUGAUAACACGAUGAAGAAAUCGGACUGGCUCAGAUCCGUGCAGCUGUGGAACCCGAACCCAGAUCCCAUCCCGCAUAGACAGGUUCAGGAUCUGCCUUCUCCACCAUCGUCGAAAGAAGUCGCGGUUGUUGUGCACAACAAGAAAUGCCAUGAAAAUGGUGCUUUUCGGCCACUUCAAAAUGGCGAAAAAGAUGGCCGUGAUGGUAGUACCAAGAAGAAGCAGCCAUCCGGCCGAGCUGCACUGCCCGCACCCGAUGCCGCCGCCGCCGCUGCCUGCUCGACAGCGGAGAUGGCCGCCCAGAGGAAGCAGCGACGGUGCUGGUCAACGGAGUUGCACCGGCGAUUCUUGCAAGCUCUUCAACAGCUCGGGGGACCACAUGUUGCGACUCCUAAGCAAAUCAGGGAAGUGAUGAAGGUCGAUGGCCUCACAAAUGAUGAAGUUAAAAGCCAUUUACAGAAAUAUCGAUUGCACACGAGAAGACCAAGUCCCAACAACGGCCACAACAACGCCAAUGCUCAGGCGCCUCAGUUCGUCGUCGUGGGAGGGAUAUGGAUGCAGCCGCCGGAUUUCGCGGCAGUCACCGCCGCGAAACCUCCCCACGAGGCGGCCUCUAAUCAGAUUUAUGCGCCAGUCACAAUGCUUCCGCAGCCGAUCAGGCCGUCGCACGGGAAAUGUGGAUUCAUUGCUUCAGAAGAGCGAGGCCAUCGUAGUGAAGUGGGUGUCGAUCAUUUCAAUAAUUCCUCAUCUCCAACAUCGUCGUCCACACAUACAACCACCGAUUUUUGAGUUAAUAUAGGACGUGAGUCAUGUUGAAAUUUUGUAACGGGAUCAUAAACAAAAUAAGAAUAAAAAAAAACACAUUUUUGAUAUUGUACACAACAAGAUGAAAGAG